AUGGAGACCUCAUCUCUGCUUUCCUCAUUGAAUGAUGAGUGUAAAUCAGACAACUACAUUGAGCCUCACUACAAGGAAUGGUAUCGGGUAGCCGUUGAUACUCUGAUUGAACAUGGGCUAGAAGCAUACAAAGAAUUUCUUGCCAAGGAACGAGUUUCAGAAUUUCUAGCUGAGGAAGAAAUUAAUUAUAUUUUGAAAAAUGUCCAGAAAGUUGCACAAAGUACAACCCAUAGUACAGACAAUUCCUGUGAUGAUACCUCAUCUUCUGGGACAUACUGGCCAAUUGAGUCUGAUGUGGAGGCUCCGAACCUCGACUUAGGCUGGCCCUAUGUGAUGCCUGGACUUCUAGGGGGCACACAUAUAGACCUCCUUUUUCAUCCACCAAGAGCACAACUACUUACCAUAAAGGAAACUGUUCGGAAGAUGAUAAAAGAAGCAAGAAAGGUCAUUGCUUUAGUAAUGGACAUAUUUACAGAUGUGGACAUAUUCAAGGAAAUAGUUGAAGCAUCAACUCGAGGCAUAUCUGUAUACAUUCUACUUGAUGAGUCAAAUUUUAUUCACUUCCUAAAUAUGACUGAAAAACAAGGUUGUCAAGUUCAACGUCUCAGGAAUAUCCGAGUGCGGACUGUAAAAGGCCAAGAUUAUCUUUCAAAAACAGGAGCAAAAUUCUAUGGAAAAUUGGAACAGAAGUUCUUGUUAAUAGACUGCCAGAAAGUUAUGUAUGGUUCUUACAGCUAUAUGUGGUCAUUUGAAAAAGCUCAUCUCAGCAUGGUUCAGAUGAUCACAGGACAACUGGUCGAGUCCUUUGAUGAAGAAUUUCGAACCCUGUAUGCCAGAUCCUGUGUCCCCAGUUCAUUUGCUCAGGAGGAGUCUUUAAGGGUGAAACACGGCAAAAACCUCUGGGAGAACGGAAGUUACCAGCGUUCUGUGUCUUCGUUAGCUUCCGUUUCCAGUCAGAGAAACUUUUAUGGGAGACAAGAUAAUAUUCACAAACUAGAUCCCAGUUACUUCAAAAACAGAGGAAUAUUUCCACUAAAUGAACAUGACAAGUUUAACAUAAGGAAUCAUGGGUACAAACCUCAUUUUGUUCCAAAUUUUAAUGGUCCAAAUGCAGCCCGUCAGUAUCAACCGAGUCAGUUAAAUGAAAAUUGGAAGCGACAUAGCUAUGCUGGAGAACAGCCAGAAACCACCCCCUAUCUGCUGCUUAACAGAGCCCUCAACCGAACCAAUAAUCUGCCUGGUAAUUGGAAAAGGCCUUCAGAUAGUCUCAGUGUGGCAUCAUCAUCACGGGGCGGUUACAAAAGCCACCAUAACACACCUGCCCAGAGUUUUGCUGACCGGCUUGCCCAGAGAAAAACAACAAAUCUUGCAGAAAGAAAUUCAAAUGUGCGUAGGUCUUUUAAUGGCACAGAUAAUCAUAUUCGUUUUUUGCAGCAACGCAUGCCCACUCUGGAAAACACCACAAAAUCAUUCCUGCGUAACUGGAGAAUUGAAUCCUACUUAAAUGAUCAUUCAGAAGCUUCCCCUGAUGCAAAUGGAUCCAUGUUGGGGGACCGUUUUGAGGGCUAUGAUGCUUCUGAGAAUUUGAAAGCCAAUGCCCUUUACACUCAUUCUCGACUCCGUUCAUCUUUUGUGUUUAAACCAACUUUACCUGAGCAGCAGGAGGUUAACAGUUGUACAACCGGAUCCUCAAAUUCGACUAUCAUAGGUUCUCAGGGAAGCGAUACACCAAAAGAGGUCCCAGAAACCCCUACUAGUAUAGAGCAUUUGCCAGAAAAACCUAUGGAAGACUCAAACCCCAAACCCCCACUGCACUCAGACACCCCCAAGAUGCACACUUUGCAAGUUCCUGAAAACCACUCCCCAGUCUUAAACCAUAGUACAAAUGGUCAUUCCGAGUCAAACAACUAUAUCUAUACCACCUUGUGUGCAAGCAAGCAGACAGAAAAGCCAAAGAACCAUCAAAAUGAGAACCUGCUUAAAAGGCGAAGCUUCCCAUCCUUUGACCACUCAAAAGGCAAUGUCGAUCAUGGAAACAGUAAGCACUAUGUCUAUAGCACACUGACAAGGAAUCGAGUUAGACACUCAGAAAAACCCAAAGAAGAUUUACUGAAAAGUUCUAAAAGCAUGCAUAAUGUUACCCAAAACAUAGAGGGUGAUGAUGAGGUUGUCAAGAGAGAUCCUCCGACUGGUCCUACCACCAAGUCAGUCUCCAUCGCUGCUUUACAUGAUGUGAAUAAAGAGGAGUCCAACAAAGAGCUGACUUCAAAGAAGGAAGUUAAGGGUUCUCCAAGCUUUCUGAAAAAGGGGUCUCAGAAGCUAAGGUCAUUACUCAGCCUGACCCCAGAGAAAAAGGAAACUCUAUCCAAAAAUAAAGCACCUGCCUUUUACAGAAUGUGCAGUAGUUCUGAUACUCUUGUGUCUGAAGCUGAAGAGAUUCAAAACCCAAAAAAAUCAGAGACCAAAGCCGAUUCAUCUCCUAGGAGAAAGCGUUCCUCUUCAUCAAACUCUCAGGGAAGCCUCCACAAGAGUAAGGAAGAUGUCGCAGUUAGCCCGUCCCACGGAGUAAAUCCAUCAGAUGAAAGUAGUAAAAUAAUACCUUCUCCUGGUCCAGUUGAAAGGAAGUUUUUGGACAGCGCAGGAGAUGCCUCUGCCCCAAGGUUUAACACCGAGCAGAUCCAAUACCGAGAUCCAAGGGAAAUGAACGUAGCUGCUGCUCCUGAAAGAAGACCAGCUGUACCUCCAAGACCAAAGCCCAGUGACCUUCUGAGAUCUCAGUCAACUGACCGGCGCGUUUACAGUCGUUUUGAACCCUUUUGUAAGAUUGAGACUUCUAUUCAGCCAACCAGCAACUUGUCAAAUCCCAGCCUCUACCGCCCAGAAAUGAAAUCCAGUACCAUGGGCAGUGGUUAUGGCCGAUCCAGCCCACUGCUUAAUAAUUAUAACACGGGCGUUUAUCGCUCCUAUCAGCCAAAUGAAAACAAAUUCCGAGGCUUUAUGCAAAAGUUUGGAAAUUUCAUUCACAAAAAUAAAUGA